GAGUCGUACCUUAAAUACUGUCAUUGCCUUUUCAGAAGCUCAGUAGACUGAGACAGGUGUUUAGACCUUUACAUUCAUUUUCUAGGAAAGAAUCUGUUAACCUUGUAACCCCAGGAAGGAUGAAUAACUUCUUCAAAGCAGUGAUUGUCCUGAGUGCCUUCAUCGCAGCGGCACAAUGCCUGACCUGUCGUCAGUGCCCUAUUGGUCUACUUGGGACGUGUCUGUCUGGAAGCAACGUCACAUGUAACAGUGCAGCUGAGAGCUGCUUUACUGGAGAAAUACAGUUCAACAGUACAGGGAAGCUCACCCUGCACACCCGCGGCUGCCUGGACUCAAACCUGUGUGGGAAGACGCUGACUGGUAGCAUCGGGGGCGCUGGUUACACCAGCAGUUUCCAGUGUUGUACCACAGAACUGUGUAAUGGAGCCACUUCUGUCCAGCUCCCUCUCACUGUGGCCCUCUGUGUUGCCAUCCUGUCCUCUCUUUGGGGCAUGUGGGAGCUGUAGUUUCACACUACGAUUCCUCUGUUUACACAGUUUUUUAAGUGGAUCUAUAUAACUCAGAAUACUUUACUAUUUAAUAUGAUUUGUUGUAUUAACACAUAUUGAAGAAAUGAAUAAAAACAAUAAUUUUC